AUGUUUUCGGAACUUUCAGUACGACACCGUUGGAGGCUGUCCAACAGUGAGAACGACGAGUCGUCCGCCCCAGGCUUACACAAACGUUUCACCAAACGCCUCUCGCAUUUCUGGAGACGUAAACGAGACAGGUUCGAUGCCAAAGUGGCUACGAAGACAAAGCAAGUAGGGGAUACGCCAUCAAACAAUGGAAAUGAUGAUCGCAAGUCAAUUGGCCAGCGAGUGCCCUACCAAACCCUGAGCCUGCUUUUCAAGUCAGGCUACCCUGUACCUGACCUCUUGGCCCGCGCGAGGCUGCAGUGUCAGCAAAAUGUUCUCCAUACGCACAGUGGCCAUCUGGGGGAUUUUCGCCCAGCCUCGCACAUCGGCCCGUUCCCGACAUUGGGUCUUGCCCCUCAGAAGCUAGACUUCUGUACGGGGGAUCAUUACAGGACUGCUGUUGGGGGGCCCUCUAGCCACAAAAGGCCCCCGGGGAGCCCUGGCAAGUCUGGCAGCAACAGCAAGAAGCCACGCAAGGAGAACAAACAACCCGCCGACAAAGCCCAGAAUGGCGUAAAUGGUGACGGUGCUGGUGAUGAUGACGACAACGACCAUAGCGACACAAAUAGUGAUGACGAUGAGGACGAUGAAGGUGAUUCCAGCCGCGAUGGGCCACGUUAUCCGCUACCCACAGGUUCCCCCGACCGCAAAACAAUUGCAUGCCCAUUCCACAAGUAUCAUCCAGCUCGGUACUGCAAAUGCAAAGGCCUCCGCAUAACGUCCAUCAGCUAUGUCAUUCAGCACAUCGGCAGAGGCCACGUAUUGAAAGAAGUGAGGAUAGACGUACAGGCGACCGCUCAUUCAACGGAUGACAGUAGUCCCACUCGACCAGAUAGGACGCCAGACCCCAAUAAGAUCGUAUACUACUGUCCGACAUGCCGGUAUGAGUUCCACGGCCGUGGGGCUGAUAUCAGAUGGGAACGCCACACGGAUAAAGGAUGCAAGACAAAAAGCAUUGCGGAUACGGGUGUUCUGCUGCCGGCAGAGUUUAAAAAGCUCAAAGAUGAUGUCAUUGCGACGUCUGGCAAUGAUCAGAAAUGGGAGAAAAUAUGGUCGACAUUAUACCCGGGAAUAACGACACCAACCCCGUACAAUGAGGCAGAACCUGUUGCUCCAUUGACUGUUGUUGAUGCACAGCCACACAACGAUAUCCAACAUGAUCCACUUCCCGGAGCUGCCAAUGAGCCUUACCACCCGUCUCCACAAGGUUUCGGUCAGCAAGGAGCGAAUUUUCCGCAAAACCCUCAGAAUCAUUUGAGCAAUGAUUCAUUUACCGACAUCUUUAGUGCCUCCUGGGGUACGGCGGAUGAGUUUGGAGAUGUGAACCAUGCUACAAGCCACAUCCCGAACCCCGCACCGCUGGACUUGACGCAGUGGUCUAUGCAGCCAACGCAAAAUCCGCCGUUUCCCAAUAAUAACUGGCAAAACUUCACUGCGAGCAUCAUUUGUCGCGUCUGUGGCAACGCUAGUCAUGUGGCUCACGAUUGUCCUGACCGGCACCAGAACAACUUCCACGGCCCUCAAUAAUUGAAGAUGAUCCUUUAAUGACAUCGUGUAUUAUUCUUCAUUUAAACAUAUUUCCGUCUUUUCUCGGUUUUCUGCGCUUUUAUUGGGAGCGAGAAGUGGGGCACUUGAACAAGUACAAAAAAAGAAAGACAUCAGCGUUGCGAACAUAAUUGAGGUCUGGAGGGUUUAAAAUGAGAUAUGAUGGGUGAUUGAAGCGUCAAAGGAGUUAUGGGAAAUUUAUGAUACGUUAUGAAUAUUGGUUUGCUCUAACAACAGCAUUGUUAAGGUACCUUGCGGCUGCAUUGCGUUAGAUGGCACCCAAAACAUUAGAAGACAGUUAGUUAGACCUCCAUAUGAUGAGAUUUAGAGAGCGCUAUUCACAUCAAUUUGUACAACUUGCCUG